UUGGUCGCAUAAUUCAGUCAAAUCAGCUGAUUGCCAUCGUCGUCAUUCUGCCAAAAUGGCAGGAAAUCCACGCCCCAGAGUCACCAUUUUUCGAAAUGGAAGGACUUCGGAUGGGAAGGUUAUAGCAUGUCCAGAUACGAUGGAGAGACUGAUAUUGGUUGCCAGUAACUGCCUCGGGUUAACAGCUACACAUGUAUUCACAGCACAGGGAGGUAGGAUAGAUGAUGCCUCAUUAAUCAGAGAUGAUGAAGUAUUGUACAUAUCAGAGAAUGAACCCUUUGUAGGUAAGAAACCCCCUCUGCCAUUUCUUUAUUCUGGAAUUACAUUGAGAAAAGGGAAGUAG